UGGAUGGAGGUGGCGGAGCCCGCGCGGCGCUGGGAGUGAGCGGCAGAGCGGCCGAUCAGCUGGACCUCAGCGGACUCGCCAUGGAGGAGGAGGGUGUGAAGGAGGGAGGUGAGAAGCCUCGGCGAGCGCGGACGGCGGACAAGGCUGGCUGGAUCAAGAAGAGCAGCGGGGGCCUCUUAGGGCUCUGGAAAGAUCGCUACCUGCUCCUCUGCCAGGCCCAGCUGCUGGUCUACGAGAAUGAGGAUGAGCAGAAGUGUGUGGAGACCGUGGAGCUGGGCAGCUAUGAGAAGUGCCAGGAACUUCGUGCCCUCCUCAAGCGGAAACACCGAUUCAUCCUGCUGCGAUCCCCAGGGAACAAGGUCAGCAACAUCAAAUUCCAAGCACCCAGUGGGGAGGAGAAGGAAUCCUGGAUCAAAGCCCUCAAUGAAGGGAUCAACCGAGGCAAGAACAAGGCUUUUGAUGAGGUAAAGGUGGACAAGAGCUGUGCUCUGGAGCACGUGACUCGGCACCGGGUGCGCGCGGGUCAGCGGCGCCGGCCACCUACGAGGAUCCACCUGAAGGAGGUAGCCAACGCGGCUUCUGAUGGACUCGUACGCCUGGACCUUGAUGUGCUGGACAGCAGGCCACCAGAGUUUGUCCCCAGCAGUGAUGCUGAUGCAGCCCAGCCCCGGGAGAUACUCCGGCCCCUCAUGCCUCCUACCAAGCCUUCCCCAGCACCUGAGAUGACCAUCAUUGGUGACAGAGUGGAGACCCCUAUGGGGGAGAGAGCCCCAACCCCUGUCUCAGCAAGCUCUGAGGCCCACCCUGAGAGCCAAGAGGACUCAGAGAUCUCAGUGGGGAAGGACAGUUCUGAGCAGCUCCCCAACAGGGUCCUGCCUGACAGACUGAAGGUGAGCUGGGAGAACGCCGGCCCUGAGGAGCCCCCCGACGCCGAGAGUGCAGGACCACCCCAGGCGCCCUGUUCUGAGACUUCUGAGGCUUCGAUCAAGGAGGGUGGGAAGCCCCCUGCACCCCCACCCAAGAUCUUAUCAGAGAAACUGAGAGCCUCCAUGAGGAGGGUGGAGGCUCCAGGGCCAGCCCAGAGUCCUGGGGCCUCUGAGACCUCAGAGACCUCUGAGACCUCAGAGACCUCAGAGACCUCUGCCUCAGGCUCAGCACAGGUCUCAGUGAAUGGUGUGGAUGACAGUCCUGAGCCUGUCCAGCCAUCCCAGGCUGCGGGCACCCCAGGAACUCCCCAAAAGAAAGCAACAAUGUCUACAGCACUGUCCCCCUCGAACUUGCCACCUCAGUUCCAUCCCCGCUGCUCCUCCAUGGGGGACCUGCUUGGGGAAGGCCCCCAGCGUCCCCAGCAGCCUGGAGAACGGCUGUACCGGGCCAAGCUAGAAGUGCAGGUGGCCUCAGAACAGACAGAGAAACUGCUGAACAAGAUGCUGGGCAGUGAACCGGUCCCCGUGAGUGCCGAGACGUUGCUCAGCAAGGCUGUGGAGCAGCUGAGGCAGGCCACCCAGGUCCUGCAGGAUAUCCGAGAUCUGGGAGAGCUAAGCCAGGAAGCACCUGGGCUACAGGAGAAGCGGAAGGAGCUGGCGACCCUCUACAGGAGAAGUGCACCCUAGGGCCAGCCAGGCCAGGGCACAGUCCAUCCUGGCCGGCCCAGUUCAUCAAAGCCCAGCCCUGCCAAGCAUGUGCUUCUACUCAGGCUGUUGAAGGGCCAUUGGACAUGUCAGGGUUUGGGCAGGACCUGCAGAGGCUCCUGGUGUCCUGCUCUGCCUUGGCCAGUGGUGCCAGGUGCCACCCAGGGCCACUAUCUGGCCUGACCUCUGGCCUCUGGCAUGGGCUGGGAGCACACACUCAGGACCUCUGUGCUUGCGUGGUGGUUCCGACCUGCCCCAGGGCUUUGGCACAGCACUGGGCAUUCUGGGGGUGGCAUCAUCUCUGCUUCUCACCCCCAUAGUUUACAUUCCUGACUUCUGAAUAGAGCAUAGCUGAGCCCCCCCACAGCCUCCAUGUCCAGAUAUCCCAGGCAGACAGCCUCAUGGCAAAGGCUGCUUCAGAUAGUAACUAACCAACCCUCCCACCCAUCUGUUCCCAGUAGCUGCUGAGGCCUUGGGUCCAGGCUGUAGGUUCAUCCCUCAGCUGAUGGCUUCUGAAGGAGGUAGGAGGCACCCGUGUGAGAAAGCCUUUGCCGCCUGGCCUCUGGGCCUUCUGUUCUGCAGGCCUUCCCCUCUGGUGAGCCUGACACAGGGCUCCGGGGUGGAGGAGGAAUGGAAAGGCCUCCUAGUCUAGUCCCUGCCUCUGGACCAGCUUGCGUCCGGCCUUGCACAUUUCUGUACAGGUGAACUUCAGAGUAGCCCAGUGUCAGCACAGAAAAUCCUGUAUGUGGUUAAUUAUAAAUCAGCCUUCACAAGAGAAGCCGCCCCAACUUCUGUGCCUCCCCAGAUGGGACUUAUAUCUGGGUCUCUGUGGUUCCUCCACAACUCAAACAGGUCCAGUAUCCCAGACGUUUCUUCUAAUGCUGAGGGGUACGUUGGGGCCCGAAACCACACCUCUGUCCCCACUUCCCCUCACCCGUCUGGCUCAGGCCCUCGAUGGACUACUCGUGAGCUCCUGAGCUUCCUCGUGGACCGGGCAUUUGCUCCUGGCCGUGCCUGCACCCUGGACCUCUCCCCGCCCCCCGGCCCUGGGAGCGCACCCCGUCUCCAUCCUGCUGUAGCAGCGGGACUGCGGGCAGAGCCUGUGGGUGCGGAGGCCUUAGGGCUGCAGCCACUUUCCCUGGGCCCGUGGGAGUGGGAGCAGCUCCUGACCGGCUUGCUCAGGGCUUCUGCAUGUGCACUUUUGUUUCCUGGAAGAGGAGAGGGGGUCUCAACUGCCUGCUCUGGCCUUGCUGCCCACUGUCCCACCCCCCGCCACCAGUUGUGCCCACCAAGGCCUGCCAGUGCAGGCUGAUGCCUUCUUUACUGUGCUUCUACUUUAUUCUUGAGGGUAGUAGCCAGGGAUCAGGAGGGGCAGACAGAUGUCCACUCUGCGGCAGAUAGAUGGGUGUGAGCAGCAGAGUCAUGGCUCACGAGCCCCCAUGGAUCUCCCCAAACCACACUCCUCAGACAAAGGAGGCUCCCAUGUCACAGACUGCCUGUCCAUCCAUCUCAGUAUGAGAGCAAGAGUGUCAUCAAGUAUCCACAGUCGUGUAGCCCCUGCAGUCUUGCGUUGGGGAACAGCCCUCCUGUGUGGGCUGCUGGGCUUUAGCCAUCACCUGCUUUCAGGGACCAGAGCCUUCAUUUCCCCUCUGACACGUGACCAGGCAGAGGGAAGAGCUCUGGGGCAACCUCAGUGGCCUAAUGCCAUUGGCUCCUAUGGGGUCUCCAUCCCCUGGGCAGCCAGGGCCCCAAGGGGAAGCCAGCUUCCAGGGUAGGGAGCAGGAUAGAAAAUACGCAGGGGCUACCUUGCCUGCCUACUGGAGGAGGAUGGCAUUCCAUGUCUUCGGCUUAUGAAGCGCCUUUCUUGAAGUUUGGCAAUAAAUCCCUUGUUAUGGAACUUUUGUGCUGCAAGCCUGUUUGUUGUGGGACCAGCUCCAGGGCUAACCUCAAGGAAGCAGGGGGUAGGCGCCCAAUCAGUGGCCCCACUGGUCCUCCAAGCCCUGUUCUAGGGCAUCCUUCCCGCAGGUUAGCUGGGGCAUCACCCUCCACAGUGCUCCAUCUUUCUAAGUUGGCCAGGCCUCCAAUUUCACCUGCAGCUGGGGCUGCCAUAGGAACAGUGCUUUUCAAUUUUUAAAAGCUUUAUUUGGAAAUAAUUUCAAGCAGAAAAGUUAUAAGAAUAAGAAUAGCAAAAAGAACACUCACAAUCUACCCAAAUUGACUCAUCGGUGUGUCUUUGGAGCGCUUUGUCUCUCUUUUUUUUUUUGGUACAUGCCCCAGUGGAAACCGAACCCGGGACUCUCGUCCGCAAACCAGCCAGGGCUGGGCUGGAGCGCGUCCUUAACAUACGUACACACACUUUUUUCUGAAGUGUUGGAGAAUUAU